AUGGCCCUACCGUGCCCGCCCGCCCCCGGGUGCCCGAUCCUGGCUGCGGCUGCGAACCCCGGGCUCAAUGCAGGAGCCGGGAGGAAGAGACGGAGUGCAGCUAGUGGCAGCAGGGCUCUCACGCACGCGCACUGGGAAAGCGCCGGGUUCGGCUCCCCAUUCUUGGCCAGAGCCGCUGACUGGAGCCACUGGCGGGGCAUGAUGGUGGUGGGCACUGGCACCUCGCUGGCGCUGUCCUCCCUUCUGUCCCUGCUGCUCUUCGCCGGGAUGCAGAUGUACAGCCGCCAGCUGGCCUCCACAGAGUGGCUCACCAUCCAGGGCGGCCUGCUGGGCUCUGGCCUCUUCGUCUUCUCUCUCACGGCCUUCAAUAAUCUGGAGAACCUGGUCUUUGGCAAAGGAUUCCAAGCAAAGAUCUUCCCGGAGAUUCUCCUGUGCCUCCUGUUGGCUCUCUUUGCGUCUGGCCUCAUCCACCGAGUCUGUGUAACCACCUGCUUCAUCUUCUCCAUGGUUGGUCUGUACUACAUCAACAAGAUCUCCUCUACCCUGUACCAGGCAACGGCUCCAGUCCUCACGCCAGCCAAGGUCACCGGCAAGGGCAAGAAAAGGAACUAACAAUGUCCAAUAAAGUUUUUGUACUUCUGUGA